AUGGGGUGGGCGUCUUGGCUGUUCGUCAUGGAGGCAAGUCAAUAUCUUCUGCGGUCACCGACCUUCCAGCGAGGCGUUCGACGCAUCCACAAAACCGUAGAGGAUUAUAAACACGGACGAGACCCGAGUGAGCCCUUACGAGAAGGAGAAGCUACUCGGCAGCCUACGAACCCCAGGUUAAGCGGAUUUAUGUCCCACUUCACCGACGAACUCCGUAAUCAAGUUCGCGGUACGACAAUUCGCCGCCCUAAGAAGUGA